AUGACGUCCCAUGCCAGAGCCGCGACCUCUCCCUCUUCUACAUCCGAAGGCGAUUCCACAAACGAGCCGAAGCGGGACUCUAGCCCUUCUUCUGACAUAAACAUGGGUGACGACACCGAUCUCACUGGACAGGAUCCUAGCGACAAAAUUGUCAGCUGGAACGGUCCCGACGAUCCAGAUAACCCUAAGAACUGGCCAAAUCGAAGAAAGUGGAUGAUCACAGUCUCAUUGGGCAUGCUGACAUGGGUCGUGACCUUUGCAAGCAGCAUAUUCAGCACGGCAACCCGGCCAGCUGCAAAAGAGUUUGGCGUCUCGAUGAAAGUCAUGACUCUCGGUACAAGCUUGUUUGUCCUGGGUUUCGCAUUUGGUCCCCUGAUAUUCGGACCCGUGUCGGAGGUAUACGGCCGUAAAUACCCACUCUUCGUUGGGUACUUUGUCUUUGCUCUGUUCCAAAUCCCUGUGGCAACAGCCGAAAAUGUUCAAACAGUCUUUAUCUGUCGAUUUCUAAGUGGCCUGUUUGGCUCGUCUCCCCUCAGUGUUGUUGGCGGCGCACUCGUCGACCUUUGGCCACCUAUCGAGCUUGGUAUUGCCAUGAGCAUUUUUGCCGGCGCAAAUUUCGUCGGUCCUGUUGCCGGUCCUAUCAUGGGGGGGUUCAUCACCCAGAGUUCACUCGGCUGGCGGUGGACGGCGUAUAUCACGGCUAUCAUGGCGGCUUUAUUUGGGCCUAUCACUUUCUUUGUGGUUCCCGAGACGUUAGAGUCUGUACUUCUGACUCGAAAAGCUCGUUCAGUCCGCGUAUCAACUCGAGACUGGGCUAUGCAUGCCGUCGCGGAAGAAAAGCCGGUUGAUAUCCACGAAAUGGCAAACCGAAUCCUUAUCAGGCCACUCGCCAUGCUGGUCCUUGAGCCCGUGAUUAUCUUAGUCACGCUUUAUAUGUCAUUCGUAUACGGCCUCAUCUACCUUUGCUUCGAAGCAUACCCAGUGUCCUUCCAAGAGCACCGGGGCUGGAACAGUGGUGUGGGAUCUCUCCCAUUCCUAGCCAUAAUACUCGGCGUUGUUAUUGGAGUCAUAUUCAUCGUCAUCUUCUCCAAAAUCCGGCUUGCACGCAUACUCAAGGCCAAAGGUUAUCUGCCACCCGAGCAACGGCUUCUACCGAUGAUGGUCGGAGGGGCAUGUUUUCCAAUUGGACUUCUAUGGUUCGCAUGGACUUCCGACCCUCACAUCUUGUGGGUUCCGCAAGCCUUAGCUGGAAUUCCGCUGGGAGUGGGUAUCAUGCUUAUCUUUCUCCAAGGCCAAACCUACAUCAUAGACAAUUAUCGAAUGAAUGCAAAUAGUGCCCUCGCUGCCAACGCUGUAGUACGAGCACUGUUUGGCGCAGGAUUUCCAAUGUUUGCCGCUGCCAUGUACAGAAGGCUGGGGGUUGAUUGGGCCACCAGCGUUCUAGGCUUCAUAGCGGUUGGUCUUUUCCCAGUCCCAAUACUCUUUUAUUUCUUUGGGGAGAGAAUCAGAAAGCUCAGCCGAUAUGCACCAACUAGCGGUCCCCCAUAA